GGGGGCGGCUGCGCUAGCGCCCGCAGCCCCGGGGCUCGCGGAGCCGGGAGCGAUAACCAUGGACUGCAGCCUAUUGAGGACGCUCGUGCGCAGAUACUGUGCAGGAGAAGAGAACUGGGUGGACAGCCGGACCAUCUACGUGGGACACAAGGAGCCCCCUCCGGGUGCAGAGGCCUACAUUCCACAAAGAUACCCCGACAAUAGAAUCGUCUCCUCCAAGUACACGUUCUGGAACUUCAUACCCAAGAACUUAUUUGAACAGUUCAGAAGAAUAGCCAACUUUUAUUUUCUCAUCAUCUUCCUGGUACAGUUGAUCAUCGACACACCCACAAGUCCAGUGACGAGCGGACUCCCACUCUUCUUCGUCAUCACUGUCACAGCCAUCAAGCAGGGUUAUGAAGACUGGCUUCGCCACAAGGCCGACAACGCCAUGAACCAGUGUCCCGUGCACUUCAUUCAGCAUGGCAAGCUGGUCCGCAAGCAGAGUCGGAAGCUGAGAGUUGGGGACAUUGUCAUGGUGAAGGAAGAUGAGACCUUUCCCUGUGACCUGAUCUUUCUCUCCAGCAACCGGGCAGAUGGGACAUGCCAUGUCACCACAGCCAGCUUAGACGGAGAGUCGAGCCAUAAAACUCACUACGCAGUGCAGGAUACCAAGGGCUUCCACACAGAGGCGGAUGUUGACAGCUUGCACGCCACCAUUGAGUGUGAACAGCCACAGCCUGACCUCUACAAGUUUGUGGGGCGCAUCAAUGUUUACAACGACCUGAGCGACCCCGUAGUGAGGCCAUUGGGAUCAGAAAACCUGCUUCUCAGAGGAGCCACACUCAAAAACACCGAGAAGAUCUUUGGUGUGGCUAUCUACACAGGCAUGGAGACCAAGAUGGCCCUGAACUACCAGUCCAAGUCCCAGAAGAGAUCUGCUGUGGAGAAGUCAAUGAAUACAUUCCUGAUCGUGUACCUCUGCAUCCUGGUGAGCAAGGCCCUGAUCAACACGGUGCUGAAGUACGUGUGGCAGAGUGAGCCCUUCCGAGAUGAGCCGUGGUACAACCAGAAGACUGAAUCAGAACGCCAGAGGAAUCUGUUCCUCAGGGCCUUCACUGACUUCCUGGCCUUCAUGGUCCUCUUCAAUUACAUCAUCCCGGUAUCCAUGUACGUCACCGUGGAGAUGCAGAAGUUCCUUGGCUCCUACUUCAUCACCUGGGAUGAAGACAUGUUUGAUGAGGAGAUGGGGGAAGGGCCUCUGGUCAACACCUCUGAUCUCAAUGAGGAGUUGGGACAGGUGGAGUACAUCUUCACUGACAAGACAGGCACCCUGACAGAGAACAACAUGGCCUUCAAGGAGUGCUGCAUCGAGGGCCACGUCUACGUACCCCAUGUCAUCUGCAAUGGGCAGGUCCUUCCCGACUCUUCUGGCAUUGACAUGAUCGAUUCUUCCCCAGGUGUCUGUGGAAGGGAACGGGAGGAGCUGUUUUUCAGGGCUAUCUGCCUGUGCCACACUGUGCAAGUGAAAGAUGACCAUUGUGGGGAUGAUGUUGAUGGUCCCCAGAAAUCUCCAGAUGCAAAAUCCUGUGUGUACAUAUCGUCUUCGCCUGAUGAGGUUGCACUGGUCGAAGGUGUGCAGAGGCUUGGUUUCACAUACCUGAGACUGAAGGACAAUUACAUGGAAAUCCUGAACAGGGAGAAUGACAUAGAGAGAUUUGAAUUGCUGGAAGUGCUGACCUUUGACUCUGUGCGGAGGAGAAUGAGCGUGAUUGUAAAAUCUACUACAGGGGAAAUUUAUCUGUUCUGCAAAGGAGCAGAUUCUUCAAUAUUUCCCCGAGUGAUCGAAGGCAAAGUGGACCAGGUCCGGUCUCGAGUGGAGCGCAAUGCAGUGGAAGGGCUACGAACCCUGUGUGUUGCCUACAAGAAGCUGGAGCCAGAACAAUAUGAAGAUGCUUGCCGACUGCUACAGGAUGCCAAAGUGGCGCUUCAGGAUCGGGAGAAGAGGCUAGCAGAAGCCUACGAGCAGAUAGAGAAGGACCUCAUUCUGCUUGGUGCUACAGCUGUUGAGGACCGGCUCCAGGAGAAAGCUGCUGACACAAUCGAGGCACUACAGAAGGCAGGUAUCAAGGUCUGGGUGCUCACUGGGGACAAGAUGGAGACAGCCUCAGCCACCUGCUAUGCCUGCAAGCUAUUCCGCAGGAGCACACAGCUGCUUGAGCUGACCACCAAAAAGCUAGAGGAGCAGAGCCUGCAUGACGUCCUCUUUGACCUGAGCAAGACCGUGCUGCGCUGCAGUGGAAGCCUGACCAGGGACUCCUUCUCGGGGCUCUCCACAGACAUGCAUGACUAUGGGUUGAUCAUCGAUGGCGCUGCACUGUCCUUGAUAAUGAAGCCCAGAGAGGAUGGGAGCUCCUCGGGCAACUACAGAGAGCUCUUCCUGGAGAUCUGCAGGAACUGCAGCGCCGUGCUGUGCUGCCGCAUGGCGCCCUUACAGAAGGCCCAGAUUGUGAAGUUAAUCAAGUUUUCAAAGGAGCAUCCUAUUACCUUAGCAAUUGGUGACGGUGCGAAUGACGUCAGCAUGAUCCUGGAGGCCCACGUGGGCAUAGGUGUCAUUGGGAAGGAGGGUCGCCAGGCUGCAAGGAACAGCGACUAUGCAAUACCCAAGUUUAAACACUUGAAGAAGAUGCUUCUUGUUCACGGGCAUUUUUAUUAUAUCAGGAUAUCUGAGCUUGUGCAAUACUUCUUUUAUAAGAAUGUCUGCUUCAUUUUCCCUCAGUUUUUGUACCAGUUCUUCUGCGGAUUUUCACAGCAGACUUUGUACGACACUGCGUACCUGACCCUCUACAACAUCAGCUUCACUUCCCUCCCGAUCCUCCUCUACAGCCUCAUGGAGCAGCACGUGGGCAUCGACGUGCUCAAGAGAGACCCGGCCCUCUACAGAGACAUCGCCAAGAAUGCGCUGCUGCGCUGGCGGGUGUUCAUUUACUGGACAUUUCUGGGCGUUUUUGACGCUUUGGUAUUUUUCUUUGGUGCUUAUUUCAUAUUUGAGAACACAACUGUGACCGUCAACGGACAGAUGUUUGGGAACUGGACCUUCGGGACGCUGGUGUUCACUGUGAUGGUGGUCACGGUCACACUGAAGCUCGCACUGGAUACACACUACUGGACUUGGAUAAACCACUUUGUCAUCUGGGGGUCGCUGCUCUUCUACAUUGUCUUCUCCCUGCUCUGGGGAGGGAUUAUCUGGCCAUUCCUCAGUUACCAGCGGAUGUACUAUGUGUUCAUAUACAUGCUGUCCAGCGGGCCUGCCUGGUUGGGCAUCAUACUGCUUGUCACAGUUGGCCUCCUCCCUGAUGUCCUCAAGAAGGUCUUGUGCAGGCAGCUGUGGCCCACGGCAACGGAGAGAACUCAGAGCAUACAACUCCAGGACAGCAUUUCAGAAUUCACCCCUCUGGCCUCUUUGCAGAGCUGGGGUGUUCAGGGCACCAGAUUCUUAGCUGCCCAAUGCAGCUCCCCCUCUGGGAGAGUUGUGUGAUCCAGGUGGGAGAUCGAAGAGUACCCUGGGCUCCCUCCUCACCCAGGCCUUCCCCUCAAGGCAAGGUAUGGGUGCUGUAGGUCCAGCCUGGAGACACCCACUCGAUGGACAGACAGCCCCUCUGCCCCAGCCUCUGAGAGCUCUGUUCUUGGGCACCUGUAUGUGCCUGCGCCUGUCCCACCCUUCAUCCUCAGGAAGGGGAGGGUGGGAUCACAGGUUGGCCACUCAGGCACAGCACACUGCAGUCUGGACUGUGUGUGACCGGCAUCAUCGUCCAAGGCCUGGUGACCAUCCAUCCAGUCGGGCUCUGGAAAAGGACUCUGUGCCAGGCCUCAUCUUAAGCACUGCGGCUAUGAAGCCAGCCUUACCAGCCUGUGUAUCCACCCUGCUGCUGUCCCAUCUACAGCCUUGUGCCCACCAAAUGCACUCUGCUCAUACUGUAGCCCGAGUCCCUGACCAUGUGUUUCCUGUGUAAACCAUGCACACUUCCCACGAGGGAAGUGGCCGUGUCAGACAAUGAGUGGCGUGUGUCUCCUGGACCUGUGGCCUCGCUGUGCUCAUGCCCGCUGUCCCCUCACAAAGCCAUUUUCCUGGAUCAUGUCUGAGUCAGUUUGCUGAGAUACUGACGAUACACUUGGAGCUUUGGAAGGUGUCAAUGUCCCCUUCCUGUCUCCGGCUGCCUGAGGAAGAUGACAUUUAUGUAUGUGGAUAAGUCACGUUGUUAGCCAAGUCUCUCAGGAGUGUAGUGAUACGAACCACAUUCUGGAAUGAUAUCAGUUAACCUAUUGGAAAACAUUUGCCUCUGGGGUGCUGGGAAAGGUGGAGGUUUGGGGCACCCUGGCAGGUAUUUAUCCCACCCAGAGGUGAGUCCUAAUACCCAAGCUGUCUGGGGCUAAUGCGGAUUCAUCCUGUCUACUCUGCUGCUCAGCCUGCCUCACACUGGUGCCAUCCAGGGCUCCACUUGGAGUGGACAGGCUAUCAGAAGGCCACUGUGUGUGAAUCUCUGCUGCUGCCCGCACCGGCAUUUCUGUUCUCAGCAAAGCACCUGACGGCGCUGUAAUGGGCCUGACUCAGAAGAGUGUGAUGCAGACUUUCAGAAAGUGCCAGGCAGAGCCUGGGAGAAAGCCAUCCCCAUCCCUGUGGAGUCAUGUGGUGGGCCUGGAGCCAUGCUGAGGGUCUUCUGGCACUUGAGAGCGUGUAUCCUGGGAAGCACAAAUUUUACAACAUGAUUACACAAGGUUCCCCUAUAAACCGUGUGCUUGACCUGGAACCAGCCAACAGGAGGAGCAGCUGCACCUGGCAGCUGGGGGAGGUUGGGUGAGCUUAACACCACACCAAAGAAGGGGAGGGGGUGGCCUUGAGCUUCACACAGACAGAGGAUGCCCAGCUCUGCUAAGGGCUGUCUGCCGCCACCCACCCUCAUGCCCAUUCACCCACCUGUGUCGCCAUGUCAGAGGAUUGGAGCCCCAGUCCACACUGGCCCUUAAAUAGUGUGUGCAUUUUUACUGCCCCUUUUAAGAACCCAGAUGGGUACAAAUAUAACACCUGUGGGGAGGGGCAGAUUUUCUCUGUUUAGUUAACAGAUUAUUUGUAAUGUAUUUUUUUAGGGAUCUUAAAAUUACCUUUGCACUAAAGUAUUUUCAUAGCUGUUUCUAUACCUUAUUCAUGUGUUGAUGCACCUUCUGAUUUUUAAAUACGUUUUUAAAGCUUUCGCUUUUUAAGUUUAAGAAUUCUGGCCACUCUAAAUGCUGGUGAGCGUUUUGGCUGAAUGUUUCAGCGUCCGGCAGUGACCGCUCUGAUUCUCCUCUGUGCCUCUUUCUUGGUGUUUCCAAAGACUGACCAGCUGAGGUGUGCUGAGGGCGAACCAUCUCCUCUGCUUGCUUUGACACAGUCCUUUGUCGCUUCAUGGUUUCUAUUUUGUUUUUGUUUUUUUAUUUCCAUCCUUCAGCCUUAAACACUUAAACAAUAUUCUUCCUGCAGGCUCAUGCUGUAACCCUCUCUGGGUGUGUGAGCACUCUCCUGUACCACCCCCCCCCCAGUAGCUGCAGUUGACGUAGGAACGUCCCAGACUGAAUGCACACUCCAGUGUCCUUUAAAAUUGUGCUUAGGAAAUUACUAAGUGAAGUUGCCUGAGAAUUUGAAGUAGACAAGGGCCCAGGUGAAAUGCAGAGACAGAGAACAAACACUAGGGCAGAAGGUUGUCCACCUCACCUCACAGUGGCUGCUGUUUACUUUCCUUAAAGCAAGGAACAUCGACUCAAAGUAAGCAUCCUUUUUCUUAAUUCAGCUGCACAAGCGGACAUCUGUGGCUUACUGCAUUGGCCCGAGUUCAUGGUCCCCUUACAAGUAGCUCAUCUCACAUAUGUUCCAGGAGCCCUGGCUGCAUAUGUGUCCUCUGACUUUCUGCUCCACACAUGCCAUGGACAAGCAUGUAUAGACAUGUACACAUGUGCAUUCUUUUUCAAGACCAUGUACCAACCUGCUUUCUGACAGCCCUGUGCAGAGAUGUUGCCCUCUAGAAUGUCAGGCUACACACACACACACACACACACACACACACACACACACACACACACGGAAGGGCGCUUGGGCUGUGCUCACAUAGAGGCUUUGUGAGUGAGUGCUAUGCUGGACUGAGCUCUCCCAUCCCAGGGAAGUGUACCUCCCAGUCAGGACCUCCCCUUGCUCCCCUUGCUCCCUCAUUCCAGCAAUCAGGAUCCAGGCUAACCUGAGUAGAGGUGCCCGCCCCCUGCCACACACUCGGAAAACAUUAUGUUCCUAAAUCCCAGCGAUCCAUUCCUGAGUACAAGCAGACCAAAGGCCCCACCCAGGGGGAUGGCACAGCCAAAGCUGGAACAGGGUCACUUCUGAGUGUUCAGACUGAGCACACUUCCCAGAACCAACUGCUGAAUGUCCUGAGUGUGCUGUCACGCUCACCCACGUUGCUGAGCCUCACCCAGGUGUCUAGUGUUCUGGAGGACGCUCCAGCCUGGGUCUCUGAACCCCCAAGUUCAAGGCAUAUCUGCACUGGUACUGGACUCGCCCAUCCGUUUAUUUCAUCUUAAUGUAGUUUAUCGGCAAUGCCCUAGAACAGCAGACCCUUGCAUUCUGCCUUUCUUUUGGAAGUUACCCAUCCAUGACUAAAACCAGGAAAGCGUCACUUGGUGAAUGCAAUCUUUUUGUUUUAAAACCUAGAAGACGGGUGAAUGGAAAGGGGUGUGGUUCUGAUACUGUGUCUGAACAAAGCUUUAAUGAAGAUAUGUAUGUUGGAAGUAUUAUGAAAGUGUGAUUCUAAUUUUGCAGAGAAAAUGUCUAUCAAUUUAUAUAGCUUUAUUUUUUACCUUAUCAAGAGAUAUAGAAUUUUAAUAUGCAUAUAUUGUCUGACUUAGAAUCAUGUGUGUCUGCAUUACCACUUAAAAUGUCCAUCUACUAUGUAAUGUAUGAAUAAGAGAGAAUCAAAGACGUAUUUAACAUGAAUGGUUAUCUGUAGCUGCCAUUGUCAUAAGUACUGGGAUGUAUUUUAAAUUAUCAAAUAUAGUAAGUACAUUAAACAUGUCAUUCUCCAACACUAAUGUUUAACUGAGAGCCCAGUAACCUGCUUUGAAAAAUUAAAUUGUGAAUUAAACCAGA